ACAUCGGAACGGCGCGACUCGCCUACUCACUCACGGUAUGACUGACCCACUUACGCACACGCGUGCGGCAGCUGGGCCGGUAGUGGGUGUGGCACGGGUGGGAUGCCGUGCCGUGCUGACUUCUGACACACCACCACUCUAGUCCUGGCGAAGAGUGAGCAUCCGAGAACUGGCUGGCUAGCUGUUUCUUCUUGUGUCUUUUCUGUCGAGCAUAGAGGGCAAUAACAAAUUUGCCUUGUGGACAGCAAGGUCAUAGGAUGUCAACGAUACCAGCAUUCCUCUGCAGUACAGUCUCUCCUCCAACCCGUUGUUAUGAUUUCUGAAUUUAGCACGUUUGCAGAAUGGAUAGUUCCAUACCAUUUCGAUGCCCAAAAUGUGGGGACAAUGCUCAGUUUGCCACUCUCAGUGAAUUGAGAGGUCAUUUGGAGGCAGAUCACUCCUAUCUCUCAGGAAAGCCUCGCCACAGAGCAGUCGUUUCAAACCUUCAAGGGGCCACAAAUCUUGGAGAUUCAUCGUCUCUAAUGGAUCUUUACAACAAUGAGUCACAGAGACUUGAGCAAAUAAUUCAAAAACACAAAGAAAAUGAGUUGAACAAUCGAAGGAAACGUAAUGAAUCCUUAAAUGGAUCAAGGAAUGAUCAAGACUCUUUUGGUCAAGGUGCACGAAGGAUUAGAAACAUAGACAGAGCAAAUUUUAGGACAUAUGGUCAUCCUGCUAGUCGGACGAGCAAAUACAAGUUAAAUGCUGCUAGAAAUCAGAUCCCAGCUGAGAGAAUUGUUCAGAGAGAACUGAGGUCCUCAACUCCAAAUGAUCAUGAGCUGCACGGAGAUGAUGGUGAGGGGAGAGACAGACUUAGGGACACUGUAGAACAAGCUUUAAGAAAGGUCCUUGUGGAAACCCUCCAAGAUGACACUGUUGAUGACACUAAAGACGUAAGAAUCCCUCAGGAGAUGAGUCCAACUGUUAGUAGAAUCAUACCAACCCAAGAAGAGAGUGGAAAUGAUGCACAUGUUACUGGAACUGUAAAGGCUUUGUCUAAUGAAAUUCUGUUGGAGAGAGCGAGUCAGCGAGCAACAGCAGACUCACUGUUUUCUGCUCAAGAUGUUUUAAGCAAUGUAGAAUUUGCUGCCGAAAAACGUCUUUCUCAACAACAAGAGUUGAUUAAUAAGUUGGCGCAAGACUUGAAAGAAAAAGAGAAGAAACUGGUUUCUGUUACAGAAGAAAUGGAAGACCUUCGCACCCAGCAGACAAACAAUGUUGAGAAAUUGAAUAGUCUGCAAAAACAGUCUGACUUAGAACAUGAAAAUUUGCAGAGAGAAUUGAAUCAGAAAAAGAAAGAACUGGACAGCCUCAAUGAAAAAAUAGAAGAGACUAAAUUAAUUGUUAUGAAAGGUAACCAUGGCAAUCUACAUCAUAAUGAACAAGAUAAUAAUGGUUUUAACAUUGAGGAUGAUAAUAAUAUGAAAACGGUAUCAAUUACUGACAAUGAUGAUGAUUAUAAAAAAGUGAACAAAAGUCCUGCCAUAUUUCCGGAUGAAGUCAGUGAACAAAGCUCAUUAUCUAGUAAUCUAGUGAAUGCCCAACCGCAUACCAAGCCACAAGAACAAAUGCCGUCUAAGAAGGAAGAAGAACUUCUUGAAGUCAGGUUGAAGUCUCAGCGGCUGGAAAACGAUAGGCAGAAUCUACUGCAGGACAUGCAAGCAUUGCUACAAACUGCCGCUACUGACAAGAAAAGGUUACAGGAUGAACUGGUUGACCAAGUAGAUCUUGUGAAUAAGCUUAAUGUUGAUGUAGAGAAAUACAAGAAAGAACAAGCAGACCUGAUGGAGGAGACAAGUGCUCUGUACAAUCAAGCAGAUGUAUGUCUUGCAAAAUUAAGAUCAACUUUGGUAGAGAGGGAGCACCAGCUGAAGUCAGCAACUAGUCUUCUCGAUGAGGCAAAAGUAACUCAGCAGAAGCUGAUUAAAGAGAAAGAUGAGUGCUUCAGGUUGGCUCAGGACCGAGAAAAUUUGUUUCGGUCCAUGCUUGAGUCUAACAGUGACCAGGUGAAACUUAUGAAGGACUCACUUAUUUCAAGUGAGAGAGAAAACAAGGAACUGCAAGAUCAACUUUCGGCAUUGAGGUCAAAGUUGAGGAGAAAAGAUAGUGAGGAGGACAAAGUUGCAGAAAAUGCUUCUCGAUGGAGACACCGAGCUGCAGAGAAAGAGCAAGAGCAGUUAGAACUUAAGGAUGCCAUCAAGAAAAAAGAAGAGAAGCUGAAAAAGUACCGAAGAGAACUUGAGAGAAUGACGUCCUUUUUGAACAACACAGCUGAGAAGGAACAAGAAGCAAGAGCAAAGCUUGAAAUUUUUAUCUCUAACUUGAUAGACAGAGCAGGCCGGGCUGAGGAAGAACUGAAGAAACUGAAAGCAGCUGAAGCACGCAAUGCUGGAAAGCUAGUCAACUCAAAGGGCACCAUGACAGAAACCAGAGUUGACCUGAGUGGAUUGCCUGGUGCAGGCCUGAAUACUUCUCCUAAUCCUGACCCCGCCAGUCUCAGUGUUGACCCACUGAAGAGACUGUCACAUUAUAACAAUCCCCAGCCAGACUUUCAACCCCUUCAAAGCAGUCACUGGAAGUCUUCACACACACAUCCAUCAACAGCCCCUGAGUUAUCUCAAAGCAAUAUCAUCCACGAAACUUACAAUGAUAAGGUGGAGAGAUGGAACAAUGAGAGUUAUGCUGGAAGAAAUGGAAUGCAAGAUGCCAGAGGACUUUCAGUGCCCCACCAGCAUGCAACUUAUCCUGAUUUAGAUCCAUCAAAGACUUUUUCUGAGAAAGUGGAUUACCCAGGCAGUUAUCAAGGAUCAACCUUUCAGUCAAAAUAUCCUUGUCAAUCUGCCCCUCUACACAGUACCCAAAGUAUUCCUUCAAGGUCACAAAAUGGGAAUGACUAUCCAACACUACAACAGCCUUUUAACUCUCCCGGGCCACCACUAUUUCAAAAUACACUGGAGGUUGACAGAAUAUAUCAGAAUGUUUUGUCUCAAGAGAAUGGGAUCAGAUCUUAUAAUGACAAAGUGUCACUGCCAUCAGCGAUGACAGAACAGCCGACUGCAGAAGAGAGGAGCAGCUGGCAACACGGGGAUAGUGGUCCUCAACUGUCUUUUGAUGAAGAUGGUAUUAUUUGGGAUAAAGAUAGUCAUGGCAAGAGAAGAGAUAAAUACAAUGGUGAAAGGUUCAAAUAUAAAGGAGGAGACUCUGAUAUAGGAAGCAUUUCAGCUUAUGAGUAUAAGUCAGACUAUGAUGAGAAUUUCUCUGACGUGAUGUAUAAUAUUGAAGAACGCUCCCAUGAUGAAUCGGAGGAUGCAGAUGUUUUGCUUUCUAUGCCUAAGAGGAAGGGUUACGGCAGAAUUACAAAGGCAAACACGCAACCUGCUCCUCUUGGAGAGAAAGUUGAGAAAGUAUUGACAUCCUUGGGACCUAAGCCAGUUGAGUCAGCAGCAAGGAAGCAAUAUAGUUCAAGCCACAGAACUCCAAAUUCACAAACAAAAGCAAAAACACAGAGGGAACAAGCUUUUACAAAAGCAAAUGACUACUCCACAACAGAUACGUCUAGGGAGUCAAGUCCCUUACAUAAGGCAAGGGAGGUUCAACGAAGACUUGAACGAUUGUCAAAGAAAAAACCAGAGCAGCUUAAGUCUCCUGCAUCGGACACCUCUCAUGGAUUUGAAGUUAGUCAUCUUGAGUCCAAUUUGUCAUCUAGUAGUUAUGCCUCUUUGAGAAAUGUCAGAUUCAAACCAACAUCAACCACUCCUGUCGUUGAAGAGGCGAUAGCACCUGUAAAGUUGGAUAGAAAGCCUCAGCUUGAUGCAUCAAUUUCAACCUUAGAAGAAAAGGAAAAGCAAAAACCUGAGUAUCAUCAAAUAGUGAAGAAGAAUUCAAUUCUUGAGAGGAAGCCGAAGGUUAGAGAGGAAUCUCCUGCAUCUAUAUCAGUGACUGAAUCAAGAACAGACUCUUUGACGGACAAAACGAGUGAGCAGAUCUCGAGUCUUCCUUGUGACAAGGAUCAAGAUUUACCAGAUGGAGGAGGCAAAGCAAGGGGAAGUGAGACACCGGCAGGCAAUGGUGGUACAGUAUACAGUGGACCAUAUUAUUUAAAUAGUAACGACCAGCCGCAAAAUGUGGGGAAGGAGAGUGUCAGCCAAGCUCAGGUGUCACCAAAUUUAAACAUCGUAGGCAUUGUGGGAGGAAAAGAUAAACCACAACUUGCUGAGGAACUGCCGAAGAAGAACCAAGAGAUUAGCCAGGGAGACAGUCAUCGAGAACAUCCAGUCUCAAGUGCAGACACGCCUAGGGCUGCUGGUCCACAGCCUGACAAAGUGAAAGCUGUUGAUCAUCAGGAAAUAACAAACAAAGAACAAGAGAAAUCACUGCAAAAGACAGAUGUGGAUCCGGAUUUGAAAAAGUACACUGAAGCUGAGUUAACUCCGGCGAAGAGACUGAAAACUCGAGUUUUCUCCGUUCAUGAAAGUCUAGAGCUCACCUCCUCUGGAGAAGAGUUACCUGAUGAAUCCACAAAUCAUGAUUUUGAGGAUGUAGAGAAGCAUAGUGUAGAUGCCUGCACGGACACAGAUCUUGAGGUACUGGCUUCCCCGGGCCAUGUUCAGAGAGGUCUGGUUGUGAGAAAGAAAGUGCCAGUCAAGAGACAGAAGAAACAGCGUAAACAACGAAAUGCACCACCUCCAAGAAAGACUCUCCUGGAAAUGUCAAUGUCAUCUGGUACAGAGGAUUUAGAUGAGGAGGUAAUAGCGAAUCGUCAAAUUUUGCAUAAGAUGCGGGUUGCCUUGUUCCGUAUAUUUGCAUACUUGGACACCAAGACUUUACUGGUGAUGGCAGAGGUGUGUAAAGAGUGGUGUAAAGUCAGCAGACACCCUGCCUUGUGGAAAAAAAUUACUCUCUCUGAUGGAGAAAUGUCAUCUCAGGAGCUUCUGAUGCAUGGUUUGAGAAGCAGAGCUAUGUCUGCAGAUGAAACUCCUGACAGUUUUGCUGCAGCCACCAGGGGCAGUUUGGAACAAGGCUUGGAGAGAGUGCUAUCUGCUAGCCAAGAUACCUUGACUUCUCUCCACAUUGAGGACUGUGACAAUGUACUCACUGAUAAGUGUUUGUGGCUGGUGAGUGGUUACUGCCGUCUGCUGACUCGGCUGACCUACAGGAGUCGAAUAGACCAUGCCAGUGGACAGCUGAUGUUUGCAUUGGGCGGAGGCUGUCCUGGGAUAACAUCUCUCUUUGUGCAACCUCUGCAGCCAUGCAUCAAGACCAGCACUAUGAACAACAGAUGUCUCCUGCAGAUUGCUCAGUUCUACAGAGACCUCCAGGAGAUUGGGCUCGGUGGCAAAGAAUUUGAUAUGGCUGGUCUCUUACCUCUAGUCCAGUCCUGCCAGCACCUUCGCACCAUGCACUUUGACCAUUGUCUGCCCAUAACGGCUGACCUUGUCACGGCCUUGACUCGUGCUGGCCUCAAGAACCUGAAGAUAUUGAUUAUCCAUGGCACAUUUGUGGAGGCAAAAGCACUACUGACUGUACAAGGAAACUGUCGCCAGUUGCACAGAAUCCAUGUUGCAGUGAAAAUUGAAGACUGUGUGGAGGAUCCAACGAGAAAGAAGGACAAAGAGGCCUACAAGAAAAUGCUGAAGGCUUUGGAGGCACUAAGGUCUAAAGCAGGAAUAGCCAACAUAUUUGGGCUGGAAGCUAUGCCUGUUGACUGAAUGCUCCUUAUGAUCUUGAGGACUUCAUCACUACUUCCUGAUGUUCAGCUAUUUCAGCUGCAAGGAUUUCGAGUUGAAAAGCGACUUAUGACAGAGUCUCACACUGAGCAGAAGAGAUGUUGUAGAAAUAUUUAAAUGUAUCCAUAAAUUGUUUGACUGUUUGCCUUACAGUGUUGUCUAAAUCAGAUAUUCUAGCUAUGGAAAGAGUAAGCUUUGAAACAAGCUUCCUGUAGACAGUGAAGUGAAAGUUCUUAUGCUAUACUGAGGAUUUUUGUCCCAUGUAUUUGUACUCUCAAGAAUUGUCUAUUCUUGUUGAGUUGAAAUGGUGUUUUUUCUUUGAUUGUCACCUCACUUUUGUAUUUUUUAACAGGUAAUAGGAGAGGUUUAAAAGGAUCAGAGUUUUAAAAAAUGGCCGGAAAUUUUAGAAA